AUGGCUUCCAAAUACUUGAUCCUCCAGAGCUCCGAUGGUGAAGACAUCCAAGUUGAUCGGGACGUCGCAGAGAGAUCGGUCCUCAUUAAGAACAUGGUUGGCGACCUCGGGGAAGAGGCUAUGGAAGAAGCGAUCCCCAUUCCCAAUGUCAACGCGGCCGUUCUCAAGAAAGUGAUCGAGUGGUGCACACAUCACAAGCAUGACCCACCCUCUAGCAACGAAGAUGACUCCGAUUCCCGCAAGAAGACCACAGACAUUGAGGAGUGGGACCAGAAGUUCAUGCAGGUCGACCAGGAGAUGUUGUUCGAGAUCAUUCUGGCUGCCAACUACUUGGAUAUUAAGGCUCUGCUCGAUGUCGGUUGCAAGACCGUCGCCAACAUGAUCAAGGGCAAGUCCCCAGAGGAGAUCCGCAAGACCUUCAACAUCCAGAAUGACUUCACUCCAGAGGAGGAAGACCAGAUCCGCCGUGAGAACGAAUGGGCUGAGGAGUAA